AUGAUUGAGGGAUUUGGGAAUGUUAGUAGGACCGAAGAGAGGGCGUUUGCAAAUGUCGGGAAAGCAGGGCUGAACUUUUGGACGCCGAAUAUCAAUCCUUACAAAGAUCCCCAUCCUUUUCGAAUUCAAUACUAUGUGAAGCACCUAUUGCUCGGACUGGAAAGGGACAAAAGUCAACCCUUCAAGAAAGUCGUUGCUAGUUGCAAACAUUACACAGCCUAUAAUUUGGAAAUCUGGGCGAGUGUGACAAGAUACGCAUUUAACGCCAACGUCUCCAUGCAGGACGUGGUUGAGUAUUAUCUACCACCCUUCCAGCAAUUUGCACGAGACUCUCGAGUUCAGUCUAUAAAAUGUUCGUACAACGCAGUCAACGAAGUUCCAACUUGUGCCAGCACGUAUCUACUCCAGGAGGUUCCCCGAGAUCACUGGAAUUGGACGGACCAGAAUCAGUGUGUGGCGAGUGGCUGCAAAGCUGUUCAUAGCAUCAUGGGCAGUCACCAUUACACAGACAAUUUAGCGGCUCCUGCUGGUCUUGGUUUCACCGCUGAGACAGAUAACGUUUGCGAGGCUAAUGGCCAGCCCACUGAUACAGCCGGAGUCAUUGAAGCGGCGCUGGACAACGCUCUCGAGAGACAGUAUGGGGCCUUGGUAAGACUUGGCAAUGCCGCAAUGGUCUUACUGAGAAACGACGGCACUUUGCCUUUGGCUCCCAAAAAUGGUACGAAAGUGGCAAUAACUGGCAUGUGGGCAAAUGCACAAGUUCAAAUGCAAGGAGGAUACAGUGAAGUUCCUCCGUAUCUGUGUAAUUCUCUCUAUGCUGUCCAACAAAUCGGACUGCAAGUGGCGCUCCUCUCUCUCGGAAAGCCUUGCAUCGUCAUAAAAAUGGGAGGUCAACUAGACGACAAUCCCCUCUUCCAAACCCCUAACAUUUCCGCCAUCCCACGGGCGGGGCAUCCAGACCAAGACGGAGAGCCCGCAGUCUUCGAUAUCUUGGCCGGGGUUCACGCGCCAGCUAGCAGGCUACCUGUAACUCAACAUCCUGCCAAAUAUACAGACCAAGUCCCAAUGACCGACAUGUCUCUCCGCCCCUCCGCUACAAAGCCAGGAAGGAUAUACAAAUUCUACAACAACUCCGUCUUACGAUUCUACCCUUCCUCUCUAAAAUCUCCGGGCGGCGGGAGUUCGACAUCGAAUUCAACACGAACGACUGAGAUCCAUAACCUGCUUCACAGCAACUUUGAAUCCUUCUUUGAUCUCUUUCCCUUCCAGCCAGAUUCGAAGAUCGAGGUCGAGGUCACGAAUACAGGCCCCGAACAUCGGAUUUCGUGGCUUUGGUUUUGUGGGGCAUACGGAGCUUUAGUGGGGAGGUAUAGUUUGUUGUUGGAUGUGCCAAGACAGGCGAGGGUCGAUCUCACGUUGGUGGGGCAGGAUGUUGUACUCGAUAGGUGGCCGCAGCCUCCUACUGGUCGUAUGCCUAGAAUGGUGGAGGAUAGUCGCGGGUUAUGUUGAAGAAGUGUGUGGGUCUGAGAUGCUGUGGUGCAGAGGGGUUCACGUGACUUAUGUCCUUUGCGGAAACAUCACAGCAAAUUCCGG